AUGAGCGGAAAAGCAGGCGCAUACGGAACGUCUGGCGGCGGCGACACAGACUUCAGGAAAACAUGGGAUCGCGACGAGAUGGCGCAGCGGGCGAAGGACAGGGAGGCAAAAGAUCGUGAAGAGGGCAAAGAGCGAUAUGAGGCAAAGCUGGCGGGCAAGACAUACAGGCGGAGGGCGUCCACACCUGAUGAUCUGAAGCAGACUGAGGCAAGAUCGGAGCGCAUAGACUGGAGCAAGAUGAUCGGAAAGCAAACCCUCACAUCAGCAGCAGCCGCUGUUGGCAAGAGGGGACGUGGUGCAGGCGCAUACUGUCAAGCCUGCGACCUUACAUUCAAGGACAACAUCCAGUACGUCGAGCAUCUGAACAGCAAGCAGCAUUUGGUCGCGACGGGCCAGUCGGGCGAGGUCCACCGCGCGACAGUCCACGAAGUACGGGAACGCCUACGAUAUCUCAAGCGCAAGCGGGACGAGGACAAGUUUAUGGAGGUGACAGAUCUGGAUGCGAGGUUGGCCAUGACCAAGGAGCAACUGGAGAAGGAUGCCGAGGAGAAGAGGCGGCUGCGCAAUGAGAAGCGCAGGGCGAAGAAGAAGACGGACGCGACUGCUAUGGAGUGGAAGGUCGAGGGCGAUGGCAUCAUCCGCUGA